GAAAAUUGUCGGCGUCACCCUUUAAUCUUCCCAACUUGCAUCGAACAAAUCAACACUGCUUCACGAACGACUGCCAUCAUCAUCAUCAUCAGUGUCGCUGCGUGGCCUGCACAACGCCGAGUGAAGCUUGUGGCCAGGGAUCACCCAUACGCUUAGCUGCCACACGCCCGACCACGUGUGCCUGGUUCGCGGUCAAUGACGGUAGCUAAAUCAACAUUCGCUACAAGUGUGCGCUAAGGAAACGCCCUGGAUGUCGCAACUAGCAAGCAAGAAGCGCACACUCGCGGACAUGCUGUAACGUGUGCUGUACCAUGUGCAGCCUGGCUCCAGCACUCACCCGUAGCGCGAGAAAGCGAGGCAGUGAGACAAUGAGACAAUGAGAAGCAGAACCCCGUAACAUGCAGCUCCAUGCCCUCAAGCGCGCAACAUACACGUGCGCGCGCAGCAAUCCUCGCCUCUCAACACCUCAACCUUAAUCUUCGUGCCACCGUUCAACAACCUCAUGCUGGUUUGCAGCAGCACUCGUGCUGCAACACAGUAGUUCUUCCCUCCUACACCCUGUUUCCAUUUGAUGGAGACUCUUCACUUGGUGUAUGGAGGCCCCGAAAGCAUAAGCGUCUGUGCCUGAGCAGUUGCGCCUUCACAUGCAGUCACAACCGGGUUGGCUUUCGUUGAUGCCGAGGCACACGCCACGCCGCCAUGCAUUUUGCUCAUCAUGGCUCUCAAGAACCACGUUGGCACCAACAUGCACUCAACUGCCAGCCACCUGAUGUCGCCAAGCAAGUCGGGACGCUAGUGUGUGCGGUCGUUCAUUUUCUCUGUAGCACCAGCACUCCUCGUCCGCCCGAGAACCACACGUUCACCUGAACAACAUUACCAUCUCAGCCUCCGUCCUGCCACUACCUGCAACCGACUACACCCGUCCUCCCCCCUCUCCUCUUCCACCUGCUCACUGUCCAAUCCAAGCAAGCAACACGUCAGCACGUCCAGAUCACCACCAAAUCCCUCGCUGCUCUCGUUUCUGUUGCCCGGUUUCCACUCUUCAGUCUUCGACGAACCCUUCUGCCCGCUUCUUUCCUUGACCACCGCUACCGCCACCAUGUCCUUCAACGCCGCCACCAACGACCGCUGCUGCAACGACAACGGCUGCGACAACUUCUGCCUCUGCGACGAAUGCAUGGUGCACGAAACGGACCACCACCAACAACAGCGACAGCAGCAGCGCUGCCGUCGUGAUCGCUCUCGUGGUCGCCCCCGCUACCGCACGCGCGGCCGUCCGUGGACCAGGCAGCCACCACCUGUCAGCGAGCAUGAUGCGAGCGACUCCUCUGAAGGCGCCCAGGGAGUGCAGCCGGCACGACGGCCCGUGCGACAGCAGCAGCAGCCUCGCGUGCAGCCACCGUCACCGCCACAACCAAAGCCACAACGCAAUCGCAAAUCAACGGCCCGCGCACAGCAAUCCACUGUUGCCGCUGCCGACAACAAUGACGACAACAAGCGCAGUGGCGGUGGUGAUGGCAGAGGUGAGGUGACGCGACGACGGCGGCGCACACGUGCCGGCCGCCCGCCUGUGCCGGAUGGGCGCUCAUCGCCAGCGUUCUUUGCAUCGCAGCAGACAGAUCAGCCAAGCGGAGCCGUGGAUGAUCUCGACAUGGAGCUGCGGCCAACAGCGUCGUCGCCAGUGCUGCGUGCACCUUACACGCGUGACGCCCGUCGCGGUUGCGAUGACAAUGGAGAAGACGAUGGCGGCAUCGAGCCAUGGCCCCUGAGGGUCCGCCGCGCAGAGCGCAGAGCAACAGGCGAAGCAAGCGCGCGAGACGAUGACCUGCAUGACGACCUCUGUGACCUGUUCGACCGGCGGCCCCGCUACCGCCCCCGCUUCCACCACAAGAACGACCCCACUUCCAGUGGAGACGGCCGCGUGGGCCGUAUUGGCGUUCCUGCGACCACGACAACAGUUGAUGUUGGCGGCAGCGCCCAGACCGAUGAUGGCGAUGGUGGCGACGACGGCAUAGGCAGGGAUGGUGUGCUGUCCGUUAUGCGCAAGCUGGGCGUGUUUGCACUGGAAUCGGACGCGCAGAGCAGGCUGUCGCUCUGGAAAGCCCACGUCAGCGAGCGUGAGCUGUGGACCCAGGGCGUGCUUGGAGAAGUGUGCAGCAGCUUCGCCCACAGAUACACGGCUCUCAGCAAGCACGACCGCGCACAGGCCAUGAGGGCUGCAGCCAACAUGCCUCGCUUGUCUGUCGACGACCCCUCCGUGGCGGCGUUUGUGGAAGCCAUGUGGACCACGCUUGGCCCUGCAACCCACGCCAGCAAGGACACGCUGCCGGUUGGCGUUGCUGCUGCCGACACGGUGCCGCCGCUUUACGCGGCCGUUCGUCGGACACACGGAAACAUGGCCACGCUCGUCAGGGCAUAUGCGCCGCACCAGUACGAGCACCGCCGCCAUCAUGGGCAGUUGGAAGCGCGCUGGCGCGAGCGGUGGCGGUAUUCGUUCACGCUGGAGCAAGGCGGUGACGCGCGCGUGCUGAUGAACGACGACAUCACCUUCUGGUCCAUCGUGCGCGCCGCCAACUCGCCACACACGCCGUGGCUGUUCCCGUUUCUGCUGCGGGGCGACCCGCCCUCGACGUGGGUGCUGCUUGACCUGGUUGCCCUUGUGAUGUGGCUCAUGCACUAUGACCGGCGCAAGGUCAACGUGAAAGCGUACGACGUGCGUCCAUUUGUCGGACUGGAUGUCCUGGCGCAACUUGAGCGGCUGGAGGCGCCGGCACAUCAAGGCGCUUUCCGACGCCUGGACACAGAUGGGACCGAUGCCAUACUUGCGCUGCCGCCCACGCUGCAUGACACGCAUUGCAACAACAGCGACGGCGGCGACGCUGAUGGUGAAGAGGACGUGUUUGUUGACGCCUUGGACGCGCUCACAGACGCGGCUGCAAACAAGAGCAGCAACAACAAGAGCAGCAAGCAUCGCAACAGUAGCAGCAAAGGCAUUGACAUGAUGGACAUGGACACCUUCCUCGCCCUGCCCCCACUGGAACGCGCGUGCCUGUUCAUUGGGGCCUUGGUGUUCCUGAUCGCUCUGGUGCAUGCGGCUAUGGCGCUGCUUCUGCGCCUGGGUCAGGUGACACUGCAAGCCACGGGGUUUCUGGACGCCUGUUCACCCGUCUGACGAAGAUUGCACAGGUUCUCACUGGGAAUGGGGAUGAUGGAGGAGGAUGAGGAAGAAGAACGGCGUGCCUUGCCCUGGGUUUGGUUGGGAUCUUAAUGUGUGCGCGUGUGUGUGUGCGUGUGUGUGUGUGUGUGCGUGCGCGCGUGUGGGGGGGGAUGAGGGCGGUGGAGAGUCUGAUGUUGUAGUGGUGUGACAACAUACCGUGUCCUAUUGCGUUGAACGUUUGCCAAUGAAGACUGACCAAAGUGGAGAA